CGUCGGAAACCUCCCUGGAGGGGCCCCAUGUAAUUCGAUGCACGCUGUUAAAGCUUAGAGUAUAUUGUCUUCCCUUUUCGCUUAUGAAGCCUCCACCCACCGGCCCACCCUACAUUUAGCGGAUCAUGUGACUCGGGGUAAGUCAUUUGCAAGUACAACAGUUCUCUGUGCGCUCCCAUUCAUUUCCUGAGAACUGCCCGAGCCGAGCAGCUGAGAGGCAGAAGGGAAGGGGAGGGAGUCGCUCACACACACUCACACAUCUACACGCACGCACACUAACACUCCGCACAUUCACGCAGAGUGAGAGGAGAGAAGAGGAAAGGGAGAGGAGGAGACGAGACAGAGAGGACUGUGGAAAGGAAAACAGUCUCCUAGUCUCCUCGGCUCUGCAGCUUUUGACAAGGCAGCCUAAGAAACAGGAUGUUAAUGCUUGACGGAAUGCCUGCAGUCCGAGUCAAAGUCGAGCCCCUGGAAUCGGAACAAGGGUCACCUAAAGUUCGCCCUUACUCUGCGAUGGAUGGCGUCCCCUUCUUCCUCAGCAGAGUAAAGUCGGAACCCCCCGAGGAUCUGCUCGCCCAUGACCUCCACUUCCACACGCAGACAGAACCUGUGGACCUGUCAAUCAACAAGCCCCGCCCCUCCUCCUUGUCUACCACCACCACUAGUAUAACCUCCUCGUCGUCGCCCCCCCACAGAUCCGCCUUCUCCCCGUCUUCGUUGUCGUCCUCCUCGUCCUCCUCGUCUUCUCCGUCAGUUAUUACCUCGGCUUCCUCGGUGCUCACGCCGGGCCCCCUGGUAGCCCCCGGAAGCGGGGUGAGAGGUCAGCCGUAUUUGCACAUCCUGCAGUCCGUGCCGCCGCCUCCGUCCAGUCCCCUGAGCCUGCAGGGAGCCGGGAAGCUGGCCGGCCAUGUUCACCGCAUCCCAGUUGUGGUGCAGUCACUGCCCCUCAUGUACACCACUGCAGUGCGAUCGCCUUCCAGCCUCAACAACGCUAUCAUGCUGCCUCUAUUGGAAGGGGCCAAAAGCCAGGGCAAAGUACACACAGACCCCAACGGCCUGUCACCGAGGCAGAUCAAAAGUGACAGCGAUGACGAUGACCUGCCGAACGUGACCCUGGACAGUGUUAACGAGACCGGCUCCACGGCGCUGUCUAUAGCCCGGGCUGUGCAAGACUCCAUGUCGCCGUUCAGUAUUGACAGCAUCCGACGCCCCCGGAGGUCAGAGUCACCUGACUCGAAGAAGCGAAGAAUCCACAGAUGUGACUUUGAGGGUUGCAAUAAAGUGUACACCAAAAGCUCACAUUUAAAAGCACACCGGAGGACACACACAGGGGAAAAGCCAUACAAAUGCACCUGGGACGGCUGCACCUGGAAGUUCGCCCGCUCCGAUGAGCUGACGAGGCAUUACAGGAAACACACGGGCGUGAAGCCCUUCAAAUGCGCAGACUGUGACCGCAGCUUCUCCAGAUCCGACCACUUAGCCCUGCACCGACGGAGACACAUGCUGGUGUGAAGCACAACGGGAGCGACUAAGAGAAGAUGUCAGCGGAGCAGACGCAGCCACACACAUGCACACACGCACGCAGACGCACGCAGGCAGCCAUGGGAGCGGGAUCUCCCUCUGAAUGUUUUUCAGCUGGCCUGGAUGCCCAAACUUAUUCACGCACACACACGCACACACACCCAAAUUGGAGAUGGAGAAGCUGGAUGGACGGUCGGAGCAGAAAACAGGGUGACUUCCGGAUCCUCUCUGGAUGGGAAGGAUGCGAUGGCGGGAUCUUUCUCCAUCAUCGGAUAAUGAUGGGGAACUGCUUUUAACAGCACUGUUUGUUGAUGUUUAGCUUUGAUUUUUUUUUUUUUUUAGGAUGAAGUGGCACUCUAUAAAUUUGGAUUUUACUCACUUUACAUUACAGCUGCUUUUCCAGCGUUCAUAAUGUGAAAGACCCCUUUGAAAUCAGAGCGGGAAGUUCGACCUGGUGUGGAUUUUAACAGGAAGAGACUUGGUCGGAGUUGGAUUUACAGACAGUAUUGUUUUUUUGGGGGUUUUUUUUGUAUUGCCUUCCCGUGAGUUGACCAGCAGAGGGCAGUGUUUGAUCAUGGAAGGUUUACUUGGACUUGGACCGUCACAUCUAAGGCGUUUUCUUCGAGAAGUUGAAUGAGGGUUGGACUUUCACCUUUUUUCCCCGAAGCCAGCAAAGUGCAAACAACUUCACAAGGAUGGAUCCAUUUUUACCCGCUCACUCAGCCAUUGGUUGCAGGAACUGGACACACCAAAUCAUCAUCACACCAGCAAAGAAGCACACAUUAUCAAACGGACUUCAGACAAACCCCAUUUUUCAUCAGUGCUUUUCUUUAUUUUGAGCCUCUUUAAAGCAUUUUCUUCAAAUAAAUCUUAUGUGGAUUUUGAGCUGUGAUUAGCAAUCAGUAAAGUGCAAUCUUAAAGAAUAUAUAUAUAUAUAUAAAUAUAUAAAUAUAUAUAAACUUUCAGUAUGAAAAUGUUUUCUUUAUUGAAUCUUGCUUUUUUUUUAACGUACCUGCUUAUCGCUUAUGUUUGAUUCUGACAAAUACAACCCCCCCCCCCCCCCCCUCCCCCUUAAUGUACAGUGAGUUUUGAAACAAUCAGAGGAGAGUAUGUGGGAAGAAUAAAAAACAAAAACCCAACAGAGGCACCUUAGAGACUUUCAUUCUGUCAACAUCUACCUGUACUCAUCAGUCAACUCAUUUUUCCUCCUCUGAAAUUGAGCCAAAACAAGGAGUUUUGUGUGGUGGUCUUGGUAUGGCAAGGCGGACCUCGACCACAGGCUGUCGCUGACACCAGCUGAAGACUUUACGGAGAUAAACCUGCACACAAAGAAGAGCAAUACAUUCUGAUCAAAGUGUUUGAUGUCCAAAAUCAGAGACAAAGGGUCAAGGUCAGACUCGCUCUCUUUCUGAAGCAGCUUCAAGUCGCGAUGUGAGGUCUCUCAGCUGGUCAUUCACUUCGCAGCAUCUUCUGUUUGUUUAUUGUUUGUUUGUUUGCUUGUUUGUUUGUUUUUGUUUUGUUUUUUAGUUUUCAUAAACAUCACUUGAAAUGUUCUCACCUCACUUUGGGCGGUUUUGUGGGUUAUCACCAGAAGUUUGGUGAUUGAAAUGCAGGAGUUGCACACCUAGUUACAUACAUACACUGCUUUGCAAAACUGUUAAUCCUUGAACUAUCUGACAUUCCGUCAUGCUAAAAUGACAAACAUCAAUGUAUGGUCCUGGGAUUUUAUGUGGUAGACCUAUAGUAGUAGUGUGUAGCUGUCAAGUGGGAGGACACUGAUACAUUCUGAUUCUGCUUUCAAUGCAAAUAAGUAAAAAUCUGAAAAGUGCAGAGCGCGUACGCAUCCCUGAGUCAGUACUUUAAACGUCUGACGUCUUUGCAGAACAGCAGCAUGCAGCCUGAGAUUUCAGUGGGCUUCUUUUAAAAGCUUAUUAAUUCACUUCUCUUCAUUUAGAGUUAUCAGAGUAAAGGGGGACGGAAAAAAUAAGCACAUCUUUUUUUGUUCCCGCUCCGCAAUCACGCACUACUUUGAAAAUCCCCACAAAACCACAUUAAAGUUUAUUGUUGUAACGUGGUGAAAUGUGAUCAAGUUCAAGGAGUCUGAAAACUUUUGCAAAGCACUGCACAUAAUACAGAUAUUAUUAUGAAAUUGUAACAUUAUAUCACAGAAGAUUAAGACUGUAGAUGCAGUUACUGGCAGAAUUGUCUCUCAGAAAACAUCACACUUGACCUCAAUCAGGGAAUUCAAUUAAAAGUAUAUUUUUAUGGUCCUAAAGGCAACUAGCUCCAGCGCUUUUGAUUCCGUUUAAAAGCUUCAGGCUUUAGGUACCGAGCCAGCCGAUGUUAUAAGAUAUAGCGCUGCCAAAUGCAGUUAUUGGGCAGAAGCCAGUAAAAAUACACAGCAACCUUUUUUUUUUUGAUUAAGGUAUCUUGAAAUCCAUAUGCUUUUACACUAACGCCUACAAACAUGCACACACACACACACACACACACACACACACGUCAAAAGCUCUCACUUUUAGUAAAGAAGCCAAAUCCAGGGAACAGUUUUUCACACAUGCAGAGUUCAUGCGGCCCUCUCGUAUGUUACCAUUAUUUAUGUAUAUUGUUUGUGCACAUGUCAUUACGCCCAGUUGUAUUAUCGUUUUGGCAAAAAGCAUAUUAGCACCUUCUUUGUUUAUUGAGAUGAUUUUCAGAUAAUUUUAUUUCAGAUGUCAAUUUAUAAACAAAUAUUCGUCAUAUUUUAUCAUCCGUAUAAUGUAUUAGGACUCUUUUUUGUGUGUGUGUGUGUGUGUGAUUGAGGGACACUUCACGUGACGGCUUGUAACUCUUUCUCUUAUGUAAAAAAAAAAUAAUAAUUUUCUUGGAUCUUUUGAAAUGUUGUAAUAUAUGUGAUAGUGAAGAUACAAAGCAAUUACAAAGUUCUACAACCUGUACAUACAACGGAGAAAUAGGGCUUUCGAUUCGUAGAUGCAGGAGAUACAUUUAUACUCGUAAAGUCUUUUUUCUGAGACCGUAAUUUAUCUAAUUUGAUAUACAGCGAAAAUGGACUAAAGGUGUUCAUCAUGUAAAUUAUCAUUAUGUGAUGUUCUAUAACAGGUUUUUCUUUAUUAUUAUUAUUAUUAUUAUUAUUAUUAUUAUUAUUAUUAUUACUGUUCUGGUUUGGGGUUAAACAAGUUCACGAUCAAAUGAUUAUUUUUUAUUUUAUAAGGCUGCACCAGUGUUUGCUAUAAAACAACAAAUUAUUUAUAUACACUGACCGUAUUAAGGUACUUGAA